AUGGGAGACCGGGGCAUGGGAGGGGACGUGGGGGGAGGAGGCAGCAACGUCUCCACGGCCGCCGCGUCGCCCGAGGGCGGCGUGUCGUUUGCGACGGCGGGCGAGGCGGCGGCGGCCAGCGGCGGCGAGGGGGAGGGGUUUCGCGAGGGGUGCGAGGACGACCUCUGCACCGACCAGAUCCUGACGCUGAUCGAGCGCGCGCUCGCCGACGAGGGCGGAGGGUGCGAGCUGUCUGCUGGGCUGGGCGAGGCGGAGGGCGGCCUUCUCGGGCGGAGCCUCUCUGCGAGCCGGCUGCUCGGCGAUGCUUCUGGCGCUGAUUUCUCGCGAGACACUCUUUUCGCGUUGCGAGACAAGAUCGCCGCCGGCACCGCGACAGCCGCAACCGCCGCUACCGCCACCGCCGCCACCGCCACCGCCACCGCCACCGUUGCUGCCACCUCCCCCGCCGCCACCAUCGCCGCCGCCGCGGCCGCUGGAGCUUCCGGCGGGGCGACCGGCGAGGGCGGCGAGGGCGUUGCGAAGGGUGUGGUCGGCGCCCCUGCGCUCGCCGGCAUCCCUUUCAUGCGGUCGGGCUGCUCGGCGGGCCUCGAGUCCCUCGAGCUGUGAGACAGAGUCAGCAAGCUUGGCCCGCCCUCGGGCGAUUUUGAUGCGAGCUGCGAUGGGGCCCUCUAGCGACAGGGCCUGACGAGGAGGAGAGUAUCGGAUCGUUUGAUCUACAUGACGCCGACCAUGAGGUUGCCGCAUGACGCCGAGACCGGCGAGAGAGACUAGGGAUGAGAGAUCAUGUGUGCACGCUGAAUCUAUCGCAGGUGAGGCGAAUUGAUUUUUGAUGUUUAUCAUGUUAGAGCUCUAAACU